AUGGAGUUCCAAGGGGAAGCGGCCGACGGCCUUUGGCAGCACUGCAAGAAUGUGAUGCAGGCACUGCGCAUCAUCGCGCGUGAGAAGAGCUUCUUCGAUCCUGGCGUGAGUGCAGCGCGUAUUCAGUUGCGGGCAGCAUAUGAAGCGUUCCUUCUGCAGGAAUACAGUGGUGCACAGGACAAGCAAGUCGAGCAGGCGUUGUGGAAGACGGCUAUUUACGCAGUGAUUGAAGAGUUUCGGAAGCGUCUCAAGGCAGCGUCGGCAGGCGGCGAGAAUAUGAAGGAGCACUAUCUGAAGGCCAAGGGAGCAUGUUUGAGGUUCCUCAAGGAGGCAUCUCUCUUCUACGCAGUUCUGAUCCUGAAGCUGCAGGCUGCCUACGGCAGUGUUGGCUUCCAGCUGGAGUUCGCUGACCAUGCGGCUUUGGAUGCUGCCCUGGGCUCUGCCAUGCUUCCGCCACGAGUUGCCACGCUGGACUGCCGCUUGUCCGUCUACCGCUGUCUCAUCUGCCUAGGAGACCUGGCAAGGUACUACACCAUGAUCGAGGGAGGGCAGCAGAAAAAGGAUUGGAGCACGGCUGAAAAGUACUACUUCCAGGCAGUGACUGUCUUUCCUGAAGGAGGGAACUCCUUCAACCAGCUCGCUGUGCUGUCGACUUACUCCGAGGCGGAGCUGCCAGCGGUGUACUUCUACUAUCGGAGCCUGGGAGUGGCGCACCCCUUCCAGGUUGCGCGGGAGAACCUACUGCUGCUCUUCGAGCAGAACCGCGUGCACUAUGAGCAGCUCGGGGGCUUUGCCACGCAAGCCGGCGGCGGCGGCCGCGCCAAUGCCGGUCGCGGCCGUGGCAGGAACCGCGACCCGGCGCAGCAGCAGCAGAAGGCACGGGUCCCCAUCGUCGCCCUCCUGCCAAAGCUCUCCACCCGCUUUGUGCGCGUCCAUGGUGUGCUGUUCACAAAGAUCAACAUGGACACGUUCGGAGAAGUGCUGGCCGGCGCGUUUGCCGACCUGGAAGACCUCCUCAGCCGGGCCCCAGUUGCGCGCGGCGGCAAUGGGGAGGCGCGCAAGAGCGAUGCGCUGCUCAUGCAGCUGGCUGCCAUGACCAUGUUUGUCGCCUGGAACAUCAACUACGCGCCCCCAGACCACAGGCCGGGGUACUCUGAGAUACUUCAACGGGCGGAGCUGAAACGGCACGUGCUGGCUCUGGCGUACGGCUAUGCUGCAGCGCUGACCUUUGCGGCAGCGUCUGUGGGCGACAUGCGCAACACCGGCUCUACCCCCCUCACCUCCCCUCUGCUGGCGCCUCUCAAUGUCCUGCUGCAGUGGCUGUCCACCCAGCCUGACUAUGUCAGGCCGGAGGACAUGGACGAGGCAGAGGCAAAGGAGCGGUGCGCUCUGUGGAGGGCGCUCGCAAAGCUGCUGCUGCUGCUGCCGCCACCGCUGCCAAACGCUUCCCGCACAGCUCUCCCCGAAGACUGGCACCUGCGAGCAUUCGCCCCCCUCACGGCCGCCCACAGCAGCCUCGAAUUUCUGCAACCCCAGUCAGAGGAGGAUUCGAACGCUCGGCUGCGGCUGCACCGCGUUCUGCUGGCUAUCAGUGGGAUAUCCGCGCACCACCCGGCCUCCCAGGGAGCCGCGGCCGACGCCUCCCAGCCGGCCCUUGCGCAGGAGGAGCACGCGGCAGCCGCCGAGCUGCACCGGGCGGUGCAGAGGGUGCUCAGCGAAGCGCAGAGCGCUGCAGCGGCCGCUGAGGUCGUCGCAGCGGAGGCACGUGGCGACGGCACGCAGCAGGCUGCGAAUGGCGCAUCACAUCAGCCGGAUGUUGGCCUGGGCUUUGUGAGCGAGGAUGAGGACGAAGAGGUGAUCCUGUACCAGCCUCAUGGAGCAGCAGGGACUGCCUCACUGGCACCAUCGGCUUCAGCGCCCCCUGCCGGCCCCACUGCAAUGGACAUAAUGCCCAACCAUGUGCUCAGCGCUGCCACGUCCCAUGAGAUUGUCGACUUGCCGGCAGCUCCAGCUACUAUGACAUGCGAUGAUGGGAACAGAGGAACCUCCUUCGACCCCUUCAGCGUGUACGCCAGCGCCCACGGCCAAGCCACAACGCCACAGCCGCAGACAGUGUCCCUGUCUGAGCGGUUGGCCGCCUACACAGCCGACGUGCCGAGUCCAAUGACUGCUGCUGAUCUGACCAUCGGCCAUGCAGCAGCCGCUGCCGGCCGCACAGUCGCACAUGCCGAUGACGCCGUCCCUGCAGCAAGUGCCAUGUUCAACAGUGGCGAUCGUGCGUCAGAAAAACGUCCCCAAGGGGAGGAAGUACCCUGCAAGAAGCGGCUGGCGCCACCGCCCGUCCUGCUGUCCGACAACGACUGCGGCCCAAGCGCCAUAUAUGUGCCGGCUUCCGGCGCAGCCGCCGCGGCCGCGGCGGCUGCGACCAGGGAGGUGCUUGGGACGGCGGAGAGCGGCACGUUCUCGCCGUCGCAACAGCAGCGGCUGAUGCAGCCAUACGCGGGGGUGGCCGCCGUCGCGCCGCCGCCGUCAAAUUUGCCGCAGCCCUCCAGCAGCUUUGCCAGCGGCUCCUUCUCCCGCAGAGGCUCCCCGGCAGCCGCCGGUGGCGCCGCUGUUUCUGGCCUGCCCUCUGCCUCCGACCCCAACAGCCACCUCAUGGGGCCGCCAGCGCCGAUCCAGCAGCCUGACAUCACGCACACAGGGGCGCAGCAGCAGCAGAUGGGUAUAUCCGCGUCGGGCGAUGCGCAGCCAGGAGCGCAUUUUGGCGUCCCGUUGAGCACGGAGCAGCUGCUGAAUAGGCUGCAUGGCAGUACAGAGAGGCAGGCUGCACAGCUUCCGGGGCGGAGCUAUGGUCAGGGUGGGGGUGUCUAUGGGGCAGGGCUGCCAAUGCCACCCCCUGCUUCUGGCCUGCCCAGUGAGUCGCGCCUCUUCAGCAACGCUGAUGCAGGGGGUGCGGGCGCGCUGUUCAGCCGCGACCUGUUUGCGAGCCAGCGUGCGGGCAUGAGCCGGCCCAACAGCAUGAUGAGCUUUACGGACGCCCCUGCCGCAGCGGGCACGCCUCUUGACAGCCGCCCCGUCAGCCGCAGCUCCGUCGGCGUGCGCAGCCAGGCCGAUACCGAUGGCGGCCGUGGCACGCCCCAGCCCGGGCUGUUGUUUGCAGCGGUGCAGCAACAGCAGCAGCCUUAUCCGACGGGGGGCGCAGCUGGCCUGUCGUCUCUACUGGGCGGCUCAGCAUAUGACCAGCAACUUCAGCAGCAGCAGCAGCAGCAGCAGCAGGCUCAGGCGCAGGCUGCGAUGCAGCAGAGCUGGGCAAACAGCGGUGGCUUCUACAUGGGUGGGGACCGCCAGCCGCAGCCGCCGCCGCAGCCGAGCGGCCUCGGCUUCUACACGCACGACAGCCAGUCCAUAGAGGCGCACCUGCUUGCGCAGGCCUACCAGGGACAACUGGGACGACCUGCCGACGACGGCCUGGCCGCAUCCGGCGGGUUGCAGACUUACCUCAGCGGGCGGCUGUCGGAGCCAGCCCUUCCCGCGCCAGGUGGCGGCGGCUGGUUGGCCGCCGGGCUGGGCCUCGGGCAGCAGGCAGCGGGCGACUACGGUGCCCCUACACAGCCGGGCCUGCACAACCUCGGCUACAACGCGCAGAUGCAUUCGCAGCCCCCAUGGGCCCCCCCAGGCCCAGCUUCCACCGCCUUCGGCGCUGCUGCGCUCGGCAGCAUGCCGGGCCACAGCUUCCCACAGCAGCGGGCUGCGGACCAGACAGCGGGGGGACUGGUGUUCAGCGGGCAGCAGUCUCACCUGUCUGGGCCUCUGCACAGCACCCUGCCGGGCCAGCAGCAAACACAGCAGCAGCCACAGCAGCAGCAGCAAUAUCAGCCUGAGCACAGCCUGGCUUCGCUGUCAAAUGCAGAGCUACAGCAGCGGCUGGCGCUGAUGAGCUCAGGCAACGGCCUGGGGCAGGGGUGGGCGUCCGCUGUUCCCUCCCCCGCUGGCAUGCUCGGCGUGGGAGUCAUGUCCAGCACUGGCCUGGAGACUGCCACCUCCCUCAAUCAGCAGGCGUUCCCUGGCGGUGAGCAAUUGGCCGGUAUAGAAGGUCAGGCUGCAGCCGGUCAGGGCGGUGGUGCAGCGAAUGGCGAUGCCGGCUGGAGUUGGCUGGACGCCUUUGAAGCGCGGCAGAAGGCUCUGGCUGCACAGGCUGCCGGUGCUGGUGCGAGCGCAUUCCCUUUCCCAGGCGCUGGCGGCGGCAAUAGUUACAACGUGAACAACAUCUACGGUGUGUAG